UGAAUCUAUCUUCCUGUCAUCGACAUAAACAGAAGAUUAUGGGGCUGUGUGCAAUUUCAGAACACGUGGGAAGCGUAUUUGCGAGGCUGGCGGCUGUGCGCCCGUCCUCCGUGUGAUGGAGGAGCGCGGCGGUGGUGCAUCGGUGGAAAUAAGCGCGAGGUGCAGUGGAGAUAAUCAAUGAAGACACCGAGGGCUCCUGUGCGUUUUGGCAAGGUCAGAGUCUAACCUGGGUGAGAUUAUGUCCAUGCGGAGACAACAAGGACGGACUUUUACGCUUCCUCACGGGGGAAGAGGUCGCCUGGGGAUGUCCCCUGAAAACCAAGAGUUUCUCUCUGUGUGUUGGAUUGCAGAGGCAGCGAGAAUCCCUCCAUCUGCAUGAUCAUGGUUGAGCUUUAUUUUUGACAACCUUCAAGCUGCAUGGCUUCUUUCCUUCCUGCCUCAGCCCGGAGAUAAAGUUUCUUGGCUCUGCUCGACGGGUGGCUGAUUUAUUCCGCCACUGAUUCGUUUAAUUGCACCCAGGUGAACCCAGUUAAGGUGAUUUAUAGGCUGCUGUUAAAAAAAAGAAAGAAAGAAAAAAAGAAAGAAAGAAAGGAAGGAAGGAAGGAAGGAAGGAAGUAGGGCAGCCGGUGUUUUGAAUUCCAUCAGAGCAGCAUCCAAACAGCGGCGGCCAGCUGUGUUUCUGGACGGUCACAUCUGUCGUUGUUGUCGUCGCUGUCCAUGGUGCUGAACUCGUGCUCCAGGAAUGGUGGAGACGCUGAGUAUCGCAGUCAUCGGUGCUCCCGGAGUGGGGAAAACUUCUAUAAUCCGCCAGUUCAUCUAUAACGAUUUCUCGGAGGUGUACACGCCGACCAGGACCAGAUAUGUGUACAGACCCUCCGUCAUCCUCAACGGGAACAUGUAUGAGCUGAAGGUUUUGGACGUCCCGCCAAUCUCCUCCUUCCCAUCCAGCUCCAGUCAGGAGUGGCUGGAUUUGCGCUGCAGAGGUGUUCGCAAUGCCAACGCCUACAUCCUGGUGUACGACAUCUGCUGCGUGGAGAGCUUCGAAUACGUCAAGAUGAUCAGACAGCAGAUAGUGGAGCACAGGGAAGGCAGCAGCAGCGAGGUGCCAAUCCUGGUGGUGGGCAACAAGAGAGAUCUGCAGCGGCAGCGCUUCAUGCCUCGCAGAGCCGUAUCAGUCCUGGUGAAGAAGACCUGGAAGUGUGGUUAUGUGGAGUGCUCUGCCAAGUUUAACUGGCACGUAGUCCUGCUCUUCAAAGAGCUGCUGGGCAUCGCCGUGGCACGGGGCAUGCGCCAGAACCACACAUCCAUCCGUCUGCAGGGGGCGCUACAGAGGAACCGCUGCACCAUCAUGUGACCCAGAGAGCUCCCUCCACCCCUUUGACCUCAGGAGUGGAGCGGCAGUGGAGAAAAAAAAAAAAAGGACUUUUUUAUCUAAAUGGCUGGAAAAAUACCCUGUGGCCUCAUGCUUUACUGAGCUGAUUUUUCAUAAUGAGGUUUAUUUGACUCUUGCGCUGUAAAAGACACUCAAAUUUCACACAUGGUCAUCCAACCACUUCCUAGUGAGAUUCUGCCAAAUGUGUAAAUGCAAGGAAGGAGGUAGGAGAGAAAGCAAGUGAAAACCAAUAUAUCUAGCAUAGCACAGUUAUUUUUUUCUCACAUAAACUAGA